AAAACCCCAACGGGCACAAGUAAAGGCGCCCUCAAGCGUCAUAUUUUAUUUUCCCCGCUUAUACACGACACGGGUCCUCUCUCUUCUCCUUCUUUCCCCACUCUCCAGCGAGACGGUGGCGCAGUCAGUUGGGAGCAGGUUGUUUUCGUCGUUUCGGCCCUAAUACAAAUUUCCCAGCCAAAAAAGAGAAACAGCCAUGACUGAGAAGAAAAGUGAAGACUACUUCGCCGUCGCUCCACCCAAACGCUCGGGCUGGGCGAACUUUAAGAUCUUUCUCUGGAAUGGAGAGACGAGCGAAUUCCUUGGUCGCAGCGCCAGCAGCUGGGCCAAAAUUUUCUUGUUCUACGUCGUCCUCUACGCUUUCCUGGCCGCUUUCUUUGCCGCUAUGCUCAUGGUUUUCUUCCAGACAUUAGAUCUUUACCAACCAAGGUGGCAAAACGCCAACGGACUUAUCGGCACCAACCCAGGGCUCGGAUUCAGACCCAUGCCCACUUCAUCUAACGUGGAAAGCACAUUGAUCCACUUCAAACAUGGAACAGCUGGAAAUUGGAAACACUGGACUUCCGAGUUGGAGAAAUUCCUUUAUCCGUACGACACUGUGGCCAGCAGCGGCGAGUACUUCACCAGCUGCAGCUUCGACAAGUGGCCUGCCGAGGGAAAGGUUUGCAACUUUGACAUCAAACUGUUGGGCACUCAAUGCACCAAGGAAGAGAACUUUGGUUAUGAACGCGGUCGUCCAUGCAUUGUCCUCAAGCUCAAUCGUAUCUUUGGCUGGAUUCCUGAGCCAUAUGACGAUCUCAACGAUUUGCCUGCCAAUAUGCCUACUGAGCUGAAAGAGUACAUCAAAACUAAAGCCACUGAAAACAAGGAACAGUUGAAAAUGAUUUGGGUCUCGUGUGACGGUGAGAACUCUGCUGAUCGAGAACAUAUUGGAAAUGUUACAUACACACCAUUCCGUGGAUUCCCAGCUUACUAUUUCCCAUACAAAAACGUUCCAGGCUAUCUUAGUCCUAUUGUUGCCCUUCAAUUCCAGAAGCCCGAAGCCGGCGUUCUUAUCAACAUCGAAUGCAAAGUCUGGGCCAAGAACAUCGUUCACGAUCGCCAGCGCCGUCUUGGAUCGGUUCACUUUGAGCUCUUGAUGGAUUAGAUUAUUCUGAUUUAUAUAUAGGAACAUAUUGAUAAGUGCAAAUUAGGAUUUUGCUAUGAAUCUCCCAUCAUUGCCACAUUAUUUUCACAUUCUCUAUUGGUGAACUAUUUUAACUGAUUAUGGUUGAAUUGGUUUGAUUGAAAGCAAAGGCAAGUAGAUAUUUGUAGCUGGUAAAACAAUUUAAUUUGGUGUUCAAACUGUAGCCAUCCACAUCCCUCCUUUGCCUCCUAUUUCGGCUAUAUUUACCCUUUGAUUCUUUUGUUUCAAAGGAAAAAAAUCUCUUUUGUAUAGUUAUUCCGAUUGUUAGAAAUUUGCAGACUUGCCACAAGAGAAAAAAAAAGAAAAAUAGUAUUUCAGGUCCCUUUUAAAACAUCAAUCAAGAAUCUCCUUUUGGGUCUGUAAUAUCAUGAAAUGACUGGAAGUGUCAGUAGUCUGCAGCUCUUUCUGUCUAAAACAAAAAUGUAUCAUUCCAAUUCCCUUGAUUCUGCAAUAAAUUAAACAGAUCCAUUCCUGGAAAAA